AUGGCAGAAGAAGAACAUGAGGGCGCCUCGCCAAAGGAGCUCCUCGUCGAGGCCUGCCGCCGCGACAAUACCGAUCUCCUGAUCCAAGUGCUCGCCGGGCGGUCCGACGAGGAGAUAGCACGCCUGCUCAACCGCACCACGACCGUCAUGGGGAACCACCUCUACCACGAGGCCGCCUCGCGCGGUAACUACGACAUCAUCGACCUUCUCCUCGACCAGCCCAACUUUGAAUGCGACCCCGUCAACCGCCUCGAGGGCGACACGCCGCUGCACUCCGCCAUCCGCUGGAUCAACGCCGAGCCUCCCGCGCAGCGCGCCUUUGGCGCCGCCCUCGUCGAGAUGAUGCUCGAGGCCGGCUCCAACCCGCGGCUGCGCAACAAGGGCGGUCUGACGGCGCAGCAGCUCGUCGACCCAACCAACACGGAGCUGCGCGCGCUGAUUGACAAGUAUCUCUACGCGUCACAGAAUACGGGCGAUUUCGUGGACGCGGUGGGUGUUGCACCGGCGGGCGCGCCGCCGCCACCGCCGCCGGGGGGAAAGGCGCCGCCGUUGCCGGGACAGGCGCCGCCAUCGCUGCCGGUGGGACAGGAGACGGAUGAUAUUGACGAGAAUGCUGAAUUCAGUGGCAGUGAUGACGAGGAGCGCGCAGAGUGGGAAAGGAGGAAACGGGAGAGGGCCCAGAGGUAG